CAGGAAAAGCAGGAAUUUUGUCCUGUCCAGCGUUUCGUGGCAGAAGCGAACGUGCGUGAGAGUGCAGCGGGACGUCGGGACGCACGAUGUGGACUUGGCUGCUGGCUGGGGUCGACGCUGCGCGUCUCGGACUGCGGGCUCCCAGAUGCGAUUUGCUGCGGGUGUGUGGAGGCGAAUGUGCGGGGCGGAAACCGCACCGACGGGCUGCGAGCACAGAGGCGGUUUUGAAGAAGACACCUCUGUUUGACUUCCACAAGCAGCAGGGAGGGAAGAUGGUGGAGUUUGCAGGCUGGAGUAUGCCGGUACAGUACAGAGACAGCCACAUUGCCUCGCACAUGCACACCAGAGAGCACUGCUCCAUCUUCGACGUCAGCCACAUGCUGCAGAGUAAAAUCCACGGCAGAGAUCGAGUGAAGUUCAUGGAGUCUCUGGUGGUUGCAGAUAUCAGCGAACUGAAUGACAACCAGGGUACGUUAUCUCUCUUCACCAAUGAAAACGGAGGAAUUAUCGAUGACCUCAUUGUCACAAAGACAGACCAGGGUUACCUCUACGUCGUCUCAAACGCCGGCUGUGCCGACAAAGAUUCGGCUCAUAUGAAGGCCAGACUGGCAGAGUUCAAAACAGCAGGUUUGGAUGUGGAUCUGGAGUUCCUGGACGAAGCUCUGAUCGCUGUGCAAGGUCCGUCCAUGUCCCGGGUUCUGCAGGACGGGCUGAAGGAAGACCUCAGUAAACUGAACUUCAUGACGUCUACCCUCACCACCGUGUUCGGUGUUCCUGACUGCAGAGUCACCCGCUGCGGAUACACAGGCGAAGACGGCGUGGAGAUUUCUGUCCCUCAGUCCAGAGUGGUCGAGCUGACAGAAAAGCUGCUGGCUAACAGCGAGGUCAAACUGGCUGGUCUGGGAGCGCGGGACAGUCUGAGGCUGGAGGCGGGGCUUUGUCUCUAUGGCAAUGAUAUUGAUGAGACCACCACACCUGUGGAGGCCAACCUGGUCUGGACCAUAGGAAAACGCAGGCGUCAGAUGAAAGACUUCUCUGGUGCUGACAUCAUUGUGCCUCAGAUCAAAGCUAAGACGGCGAGGAAGCGAGUCGGUCUGGUGUCCACCGGCCCCCCUGUGAGACAGCACACGCCCAUCCUGGGCCCUGACGGCCAGGUCAUAGGAGAAGUGACCAGUGGCUGCCCAUCUCCCUGUCUCAAGAAGAAUGUUGCCAUGGGUUACGUGGACGCGGCAUUUGCUAAGAAUGGCACUGCCAUCCAGGUGGAGGUCAGGAAGAAGGCCGUGCCCGCCACUGUCUGCAAAAUGCCUUUUGUUCCCACCAGCUAUUACACCGGAUAACUCACAGUGGAGCGUCCAUCAGCAGUGCUGCCCCCUUCUGCUUACAUCCAGAAAUGCAAUAAUGAGCCUUUGAGUGGACAAAAA